AUGUCGACCACAAGCAGCAAUGCCGCUGCAACUGCCAUUGACGAAGAUGCCCACGGCCAAGAGGCGUCGGCGCUGCUAGGCGCGUCUCCGGACCCAGAAAACGACACUCAGGCGAAGGCCGUCGGCUAUGGCACACUUACACAGCCAGAAGCGACGGACACCGACCUGGAAGCAAAUGAAACGCCCCUGGCAGCCCUCAAGCCUCCGGCCUCGACGAAGUACAGCAGUGCCUUCAUCGCGAGAACCGUCGCUGCCCUCCUCGUGGCCGUCUUCGCCAACAAUGCGGAUGCUUCAUUGGUGAUGGCCACACACACAACUAUUGCUUCCAGUCUCGGAGACCUGCAGAACUCCAGUUGGCUCUUUAUCAGCUUUGGCCUGGCGGGUGCGGCAACACAGACACUUUUUGGCAAGCUGAGCGAUAUAUACGGGCGGAGAUCAAUACUGCUGGCAUCAUAUGGGAUGUUUGCCGUGGGCUGUGCAUUCAUCGGCCUCGGCCAGACCAUGUGGGAAGUAAUCCUUGGCCGGCUCAUCUCGGGUUCGGGAGGUGCCGGAAUGACGGUGCUUGCCGCAGUCAUCAUAACAGGCGAGUUCCCUCCAGGAGCCUUACUUCCGUCGUGGCAGAGCUACAUGAACGUCAUUGCCACAAUUGGGCGAAGCAUUGGAGGCCCUCUAGGCGGCUUGCUUGCCGACACGAUUGGCUGGCGAUGGUCAUUUCUGGGACAGGUGCCCAUAUUCCUAGCAGCAAUUCUUUUCUGCUGGCUCACCGUGCCACCCACGACCCCAAACAAAUCAGACCACAAGAACACAAAGUCGCUUGCUCGCAUCGACUUUCUAGGUGCACUGCUGCUCGCCUGUUCCAUUCUUGCGCUCUUGAUUCCUCUCGAGCUAGGGGGCCAGAAGCUGCCGUGGACGCAUCCUCUAAUCUUCGGGUUGUUCGGCCUGGGCAUUGUGCUAAUGCUGGCUUUCGUGUGUGCCGAGCAAUACUUGGCGAAGGAGCCAAUCUUGCCUUUACGCCUGUUUAGGAAUAGAGAUGUCACGAUGACAUAUGUCAUGUAUUGUGGGCAAUGCGCCGCUCAGGUUGGGAUGAUGUUUAGUGUUCCGAUGUACUUCCAAAUCACCCAGGACGCAUCUGCCACGGAGGCAGGCGCCCAUCUCUUCCCGGCCGUCGUUGGCAAUACAAUCGGGGGCAUAAUCACCGGGUUGUGGAUCAAGAAAACGGGUCAUUACAAAGGUUUGCUACUAGUUGGAGCCGCUGCGUCAUUUGUUAGCUAUACCCUGCUGUUGUGGAGAUGGCACGGACACACAAACUGGUGGGAAUCUCUCUAUAUUGUGCCAGGUGGAUUUGGUACCGGUGUGUCGCUGUCUGCGGGAUUCAUCGCACUACAGGCGGUCAUCGAGCCAGCCGACAAGGCUGUGGCCUCGUCAGUCCUGUACAUGCAGCUUCCCAUUGGGUCAAUUAUCGGGGUGGCCUUAUCGAGUGCUGCCACGCUGUCCGGCAUGAGGACAGCACUGACUCAAAAGUUAUUGCAUUUGGGCUUCGAAAGCGACGUGACAAAACAGAUUGUGGAGAGAGCAGCCUCCGAUAUGGAAUAUGCGAAGAACGCCCCGGAGACGAUCGCGACCGCCAUUCGUGCUUCAUACGUGCAAGGACUGGCCUAUGGUCAUUUGGUUUCUUUAGCAGCCGUGCUUGUGGCGUUCAUGGCCGGCUCUCUCAUUCGUGAGAGACGACUACGCUAG